CUUUAUUAUGCUGGCUAGCUCGGCGAGAGAGGCCGUGUUGAGUUAGGUGGUUUAAGCAAUAUUUUGGUUACCAGAAAUGGACAAGUUGACAGGCUAUAAAUAUCUCUUAAAUAAGUUCUUAUGUUUCCAAUAAGAGCGAUAAUCUAAACCGAGAGGGCAGAAGAGGAACUACGAAAACUGCAGUGUAUUUAAAGUCACGUCGGAACAUAAAGGAAGACGAGUCAAGCAGUGGAUCCUAUGGCACUCGUGGUUCAACACCAUCCAAACUGAGGUUUGUUUUCUCUGUAAGGAUUCCAUGUAACGGUGUGAAGAUGGGCCAGGGUGGUGCCGGAACUGACUGCAGCCCUGGAGGCUGAUGAACCUGCUCUUUUGGCCAGUCAGGAUGCACAUAGCUUCAGUGGGUUUCAGCAAGUUCUGCUUCCUGUUUUCCCUUGCAUUCUGUGGCCUCCUGCUUCUGCUCAUUCCUGCCCUCCAGCCUCCAGCGCGCCAGGUGGACCUGCCUCAGCCCCGACCCCAAGUUAGACCUACACAGGCAGGCCCAUCACACCAUGCUAGGGUUCCAGUGGUGUCUGUCCUUGCAGGUGAAACUGACUCCAAUGUAGGGCUCAAUAGGAGCUCAACAGGGCUGGAAGGAUCCAUCCAGACCGAAGUUACCAGUAAUGAUAAACACAUUCCCAACAGGGGGACAGACUCUAAAAAAGGGGCUCUCCAUGGAGAAAAGUAUGGUCGACUUUCAGGGUUUAGGUCUCGGGACUUAUUAGACUUUAAGGACAUUUUUAUUGCGGUGAAGACUACCAGGAAGUACCACAAGUCCAGACUGGAGCUGCUGAUUCAGACGUGGAUUUCCCAAGCUAAAGAGCAGACCUACAUAUUCACUGACGGUGAGGAUAAGGAACUGCGUGUGAGAACAGGAGUCAACAUCAUCAACACUAACUGCUCAGCAGCUCACACCCGACAGGCUCUGUGCUGCAAGAUGUCUGUAGAGUAUGACAAAUUCAUUGAGUCUCAGAAGAAGUGGUUCUGCCAUGUGGAUGAUGAUAACUAUGUGAUCCUGCCCAGCCUGCUGCAACUGCUAUCCUCCUACCACCACAGCCAAGAUGUCUACCUGGGCCGGCCCAGUCUGGAUCAUCCUAUAGAGGCUGCAGAGAGGGUCAAGAGUGAUGGAUCGGUGUCUGUCAAGUUCUGGUUUGCCACAGGUGGAGCAGGCUUCUGUAUCAGCAGAGGUCUGGCACUGAAAAUGAGCCCAUGGGCCAGCUUGGGGAAUUUCAUCAGCACUGCAGAGAAGAUUCGACUGCCAGACGACUGCACCAUUGGCUACAUCAUCGAAGCGCUGUUGGAGGUGACCCUAACACACACGCACCUUUUCCACUCUCACCUGGAAAACCUGCAGAAGCUGCCCACUGACACCGUGCUCGACCAGGUGACUCUUAGCUAUGGAGGUUUUGAGAACAGAAAAAAUGUUGUCAGCAUAGUUGGAGGCUUUUCACUGGCUGAUGACCCUACAAGGUUUAAGACAGUCCACUGCCUUCUGUAUGCUCAUACUGACUGGUGUCCAGAGUACAAACCUCACCACAAAAACUGAAAGCCACUGUGUGUUUAAUCCUGCAGCACUGAUAACUGCUCAGCCUUUGUCAAACUGUCUGACUGUGCCAUGAUGCAGCUAUGUUUAUCUGGAAAUACAUUACAUGUCAUUUGAUGGAUGCCUUCAUCCCAAGCAGCCUCACCUCAUGCUUCAUGAAUGCACAGUGCUUCUGUGUCCUACGCUACCGUUGUUGCCAUUGGAGGCUGUAUUUGGUCUGCAAUGUUUACGUGGGUGGUGUGUGUCAAAGAACAUCCACAUGAUUGCCAGAACCCAAAGGUUUCCCUGCAGAACAUUGCCUUAUAAAGAUAUGAUUAAUUUUAUUCACAUCACCUGUCAGUGGUGUUAAUGUCGUGACUGAUUGGUGUAUAUUUUACACACCUAUUCAGCAGGCCAAAUUCAUCUAACUCAUUAAGUCACUAAUAAGAGGAUCCAAAGAAUGACUUUCUCUGGCUAAGUGAACAUGGAAAUAGCUUUUAGAAGUUGUCUGUUGACACCAGCCUCAAUGUACCUCAACAGAUUGUGCAAAGCUCAGCUCCCAAUUUCAUUUCUCCAUAGAUGUUCACACUUUUGUGCAAAAAUAGUUUUUGUGUUGACUCCAUUAUUGUGUCCACGAUUAUGUGGUGGAUUACAGCAUUGUUUUAAUGUACAUUUGACACUUCCUGUCCAAUUCUUCCUGUCUGUUAUUAGUUCAGUAAAAGAAAGAUUACUUUGAUUCUUUGACUCCAUCCAGUGGAAAUGAACUUGAUCAGUACGGUAUCCAGAUGGGCUUUGUUACUGAUAAUAAUUCUUAAAUCUGAAUCCUCUUUUGCAGUCUUACUCUGAAAUCUAGUGGCUCUUUGGCUCAAGCAAUGGCAACAUUUAUCUAGAAAACAUAAUGCUGAAUUUCCACUCCGCGUGUCUGUGCUAUGCUCCUUCCAUUGAGUGGAAAGCUGUUUGAGGCAAAUGCUACAGUAUUAGAAGGACCUGCAGUGUUAUACACAGUAUUUCCCUGAGUUCAUUAUUUAUGAAGGAUGUUUCAGUGUUUAAUCAAGGCCUUACUUUCCUCUGUCUCUUCCAAACCACUGACUCUUACUGUUAGAGUCAAUUUCACUUUAUUUUUGUGCUGUAGACACCCCCAAAUCAUCAUAAAAUCAAGGUAGUUUCUUUUGAAUGAGAGGUUCUUGAGGUACUUUUAUACAAUCUGAUUAAAAUGUGAUGAAAUUAU